AUGUCCAUUGUUUGUGAAUUGGAAAGUAAAAUAGAACUUAUGAGUAUUCAAUCUGUCUCCUUAAAUCAAGUUGCUUUGGAAUCCGAUGAUGUUGUACAGCCUGUUCAAAAGACGAAAGUUUUACACCCUCAACAGUUGAUAAGUCAACGCAACAAGUCCUUGAAAAUAUCAGGUGAUUUGAAGCGCAACCUCCAAGAAAUUUAUGAUGUUGAUUCUGGAUAUGAUUUAAGUUCAACUAAGGCUAAAAGAAAGUCAACCGCAGAGGAAACUCCACUCUUGAUUCCAAAAAUUGAAAAGUGA